GAGGAUGCAUUUAAAAGGAGAAGAUGGGUCAAGUGGGGUUAAAGUCCUAACAGGUCGUUUGGCAAGCUUCCGAUCCAAGCCAGGGCGACUUAUUGGUGAAUCAACAUCGAUAUCCACUGAGAGCAGUGCAGACUCAGCCACACCUCUGAACAAAGGUUUGCCUUUAUUGCAAAGAGUGCGGAUGCUAGGGGAGCAAGAAAGAAGAGCAGCAGCAACUCAAGGGGCAGCUCCAACCUCCCCCCAAAAUGGCGCCAAUGCACCCUCAGAAAUAAUUGGGGAAGGUCUGCCCUUUUUGGAAAGACUUAAACUGCUGCGAGCGAAGGAACAAGCUCAGGCAGCGGCUGCUGGUAACGGAAAACAAACUUCACCAAAAAAUGAUCGAAAUGCUAAACCUGGGCAGUCCACUCUCAAAGUAGAAACUCAACAGAAGCCAUCAUUGUCACCCAAAUCAAAGCAUAACCCAUUCUCAUCAUUGCUCACAUCUGCCAUCCCAGCCGUGUCGACAUCUCCAAAACUCUUACCAAAAGUUCCCUCUCCAAAAAAAGAAACAAUAUCGGAUGGAAAACGUUCUCCUGUGGGUUUAAAAGCUCGAAUCCCGGAGUUCUCAACAGAAUUACCGCUUUUGAAGAAAGUGCUUUUGAUGAAGAUGAUGGAGGACAAGAAAACGGAUGGCUCAAAUAAUGCAACGCAAGCCGAUAUUCAGGGUGCGAACUCCUCUGCUGCUCAAGCUCAAGAAGAUUCUAACGGUCGUGGUAGUGACAAAAAUGGUGCCGACGCUAGUAAUAAAAAUGACAAUGCGACUGCCUCGCAAGACCUAGACCCAGACCGCGUCUACCUGGAGCAGUUCUCGAGAACUCUUGGAUUUCAUAUGUCACAAUUGAGUGAAGACACUCCAAAGCCGCAACCAAGAGCACGACUCAACGCCUUAUCCAACACACCUUCACCAACUAAAGAAAACGUCAAUCCAGUUGACAGCUUGAAAGAACAAGAUACGUCGAACAAGAAAGAAAGUAAAAGAAAAUCACCUCAGCCUCAAUCAAGGAAAGCUCGUCUCAGCAGAAUGAUGGCAGUUCGAGAAGACUCGGACGAGAACUCCACAGCAGACGAUGACGAAGACCCUUUUGUCAAAAGUACAGAAUGCCAGACGGAACAUUUUGAGGCUUUGAGGUCUACUUCAACGUCUCCAGAUUCUGUAAGUGGCAGAGAGGGUAAAAUUCGAAACCCAGAACUGGAAGACGGCAUUCAGGAUUACCUUCUUAAAGUUAUGAAGAAUGUAAAACACGCAAUGAAAGCAUAUGUGAUAGAGCAACAGCAACAACUGCAAAAACGAAUAAUACAGUUAGAGAAGGAUUCGCGAGAGAAAGAUGAACUCAUUAAGAAGCUGCGAAGUCGCCUAGAGCACCAGUCAACUCGCCCAUCAAGCACCUUCGAUGAAGUGUCCAGUUUAGAAGUUUCUUCCUUAUCCAGCUCGGAUGCAGAUGAAAGAGAAAACACAUUCAUCGAGAAUCAACAUGGGCAAGCAGAGGAGGAAGAUGAAGAUGAAGACAGAGACCUAGAUGAUGAGGAAAUACGAAUACUGCAGCAGAAGCUCAGCGUACAGAGGAAGUCAUGGCCUUCAUCAGUAAAUAUUCGUCGAAUGAGACUCCCGUGCACUAGGCAGAGUUAUUCUCUGGAUGACGAACAGCAGAUUAUUGAUAUUUCGAAACCAGAAGAAAUGUGGCGGCUUGAAUUUCCUGCACCUCCAUCUCAGCUCCCUAUUUCACUGAGAGUGUCUCCUCAAGAACCCGUCUUCGAAACUAUUCCAGAAAGACUGAAUGAGGAUUUGCCGCUUGCAAGCGAAGAAGAAGAAGAAAAUGAAGAUAAAAUAGACGAAAAUUUCCCAGAUGAAACGCUGGGGAAAAGCUGCUCUGCAGGAAAUGACUGGGAAGUCCGCAUGCUUGUCCAGCAGUUUGAACAAAAUGUUCGCCAACAAAGUAGGCGGCAUUCAAGUGGAGAAGUUCUCACAUGGGACAGGGUACUAAAUCUAAGAAAAAUUGCAUCACGAGCUGAAAAGAAAUCUCCAGAAAAGGUCCGUUCUCGCACAGGACGUAAAUAUAGUUUGAUUGAAGAGGGUUCUUUACGACAAUGGGCCGCCUCUGGAUCAUCAUCCGGUAUGGCCCAAUCAACUUCGUUCACGAGCUUAAUGGGUCCGGAUAGUCGCCACGGUUCUUCUACAACCGCGAGUGGCCGGACUGUGCCCAAAAGUGCCCGCCGAAAGAGCUGUGGACAGCAUAAGCGCCAAGAACCCCCUUCGGGUCGUAAAAAUAGUCUCCCCAUCCUUCCCCAUUGCAGCUCGAUAGGCAUGUCGCGUUGGUUAAGCAUGGAUGACGCCAAAUCAGAAGGUUGCAGAAGCCAUGAUUCCAGUCUUCAUACAUCCAUGUCAUCCGAAUAUUCCCAGGAAACAGUCAUAGGUGUAGAUUCUAGGUUCUCUUCAGUUGAUGAUGUCCGGCCAUCUGAAGGGGCAACGCUGGGGACGCGAUCACCCUCUUCGCCUAACGUCGUAACCGAUAGAGAACCACAAACAUCCUUUGCCUUUUCGGCAGCUUCAGCUCUGCCUGAAUGGCCUUCCAGCCCUUGUCUUCCAACCAUACGUGAAGACGAACAGUCCAUUGGGGCGGUUGUUGUGCCUUCGGCAUCCUCACCAUGCAGAAGCCUCAGUCAUGAUUGUUUGCCACAGAUGUCUUUAUCGACAUUAGUAGGGCAAUAUCAUAGGUCCGGUGCUUCACUUAAGCGUCAAACAGAAUCCUUCCAUGAACCAAGAACUUUCUCUGCUAUGCCGUACCAAAGAGCCUCCGCUAGUGACAGUAAAGUGUCAGACCUGAGAUCUCGUACUCAGAGUGGCACCAAUGUAUCUUUAGACAGCAAAUUGUUUUCAAACGGUAAGCCUACUACUAGUUCCUCUGGAUCCAGAACUACUUUAAGUAGUUUGGAGCUGGUUAGGAAUAAUCAGUCUCUUUCUCAGAGCAGCGUGGUAAUAGCUAUUCCCGAGUACGAACCACUUUUAAGUCCUUAG